UUUCCCUGUGCAAGAUGAGGGUCCUGGCUGUCCUGAGGACGCUGUCCGGGCGCCGCCAUGGGUGACCGAAUUCAGCUCUGCUAGGAUUGGUGGGAAAUGAGCUCCCGGUCGGCGUGCGCCAGCCGCCUGAGCGAGGCGCCACGGGAGACGGCGCGCUCCUGUCGCUUUGCCGCCCCCAGAAGUUUCUCGGAAACCGACUCCACUGACUCGCCCCUCCGCGCCCCACGCGUGGCCGCCUAAGCUCAGCCUCCAGAUUGGAGGAGACCGCGGAGGGAACCCUGCUGGGGUCUGGGCCCGGGGCGACGCGGCCCGAGCAGGUCGAGGGCCGACCCCUCCGAGACUUGCUCUCCCGCCUCGGCUCCUCCCUUGCGCCCGCCCUCCCACGUGGGGCCCAGGUCUGGGAAUCAGCGCUCGGGGGUGGCUGGGGACAACCGAGAACGAGCUUCUUCCCUGGCACGCGGGCGGAAUGGCUGAGCCCAGCCUGGAAGCCCCCGUCAGGUCCUUGGGGGCGGGCUGGCGCGCGAAGCACAGGGCGGAGACAGCCAGGAGCCCAGCCCCCCGGGCUGGGCCGCUCUCCCGUUACCCGCCCCGGGCCAGGGAUGGGUGUGUGGUCCCAAGUGUACAGUGGCAUCAAGCUCGGCGCGGAGCUCCCAGGAACGCUCCAACGCCCUCAGCCUGUUUCCCAGGACCGGCCCCCGGCUGCGCGCCCCAAUUUCCAACAGCCUGCCUGUCCCCCGGGAACGUUCUGACAUCCUUGGGGAGCGCCCCAGCUACACGACACUGUCCCGAGAACGCUGUCAUCACCCGUAGUUGCAAGUUUCGGAGCGGCAGUGGGAAGCAUGCGGGACUACGACGAGGUGAUCGCCUUCCUGGGCGAGUGGGGGCCCUUCCAGCGCCUCAUCUUCUUCCUGCUCAGCGCCAGCAUCAUCCCCAAUGGCUUCAAUGGUAUGUCAGUCGUGUUCCUGGCGGGGACCCCGGAGCACCGCUGCCGGGUGCCGGACGCCGCGAACCUGAGCAGCGCCUGGCGCAACAACAGUGUCCCGCUGCGGCUGCGGGACGGCCGCGAGGUGCCCCACAGCUGCCGCCGCUACCGGCUCGCCACCAUCGCCAACUUCUCGGCGCUCGGGCUGGAGCCGGGGCGCGACGUGGACCUGGAGCAGCUGGAGCAGGAGAGCUGCCUGGAUGGCUGGGAGUUCAGCCAGGACGUCUACCUGUCCACCGUCGUGACCGAGGCGUGCUCCUUGGCUCCUUCAUGUCCGGGCAGCUGUCAGACAGGUUUGGCAGGAAGAACGUUCUCUUCGCAACCAUGGCUGUACAGACUGGCUUCAGCUUCCUGCAGAUUUUCUCCAUCAGCUGGGAGAUGUUCACUGUGUUAUUUGUCAUCGUGGGCAUGGGCCAGAUCUCCAACUAUGUGGUAGCCUUCAUACUAGGAACAGAAAUUCUUGGCAAGUCAGUUCGUAUUAUAUUCUCUACAUUAGGAGUGUGCACAUUUUUUGCAGUUGGCUAUAUGCUGCUGCCACUGUUUGCUUACUUCAUCAGAGACUGGCGGAUGCUGCUGCUGGCGCUGACGGUGCCGGGAGUGCUGUGUGUCCCGCUGUGGUGGUUCAUUCCUGAAUCUCCCCGAUGGCUGAUAUCCCAGGGAAGAUUUAGAGAGGCUGAAGAUAUCAUCCAAAAAGCUGCAAAAAUGAACAACAUAGCUGUACCAGCAGUGAUAUUUGAUUCUGUGGAGGAGCUAAAUCCCCUAAAGCAGCAGAAAGCUUUCAUUCUGGACCUGUUCAGGACUCGGAAUAUUGCUAUAAUGACCAUUAUGUCUUUGCUGCUAUGGAUGCUGACCUCAGUGGGUUAUUUUGCUCUGUCUCUGGAUACUCCUAAUUUACAUGGAGAUGCCUACCUGAACUGUUUCCUCUCUGCCUUGAUUGAAAUUCCAGCUUACAUUACAGCCUGGCUGCUAUUGCGAACCCUGCCCAGGCGUUAUAUCAUAGCUGCAGUACUGUUCUGGGGAGGAGGUGUGCUUCUCUUCAUUCAACUGGUACCUGUGGAUUAUUACUUCUUAUCCAUUGGUCUGGUGAUGCUGGGAAAAUUUGGGAUCACCUCUGCUUUCUCCAUGCUGUAUGUCUUCACUGCUGAGCUCUACCCAACCCUGGUCAGGAACAUGGCUGUGGGGGUCACAUCCAUGGCCUCCAGAGUGGGUAGCAUCAUUGCCCCCUACUUUGUUUACCUCGGUGCUUACAACAGAAUGCUGCCCUACAUCGUCAUGGGUAGUCUGACUGUCCUGAUUGGAAUCCUCACCCUUUUUUUCCCUGAAAGUUUGGGAAUGACUCUUCCAGAAACCUUAGAGCAGAUGCAGAAAGUGAAAUGGUUCAGAUCUGGGAAAAAAACAAGAGACUCAACGGAGACAGAAGAAAAUCCCAAGGUUCUAAUGACUGCAUUCUGAAAAAAUAUCUACCGCACUUGGUGAAGUGAAAAACAGAUAAAUAAGACCCUGUGGAGAAAUCCAUUGUUCCCACUGAAAUGGACUGACUGUAAAGAUUGAUGCUAAAAUGAACCUUGCUAUCAAGAAAUGCUCGUGAUACAGUAAACUCUGGAUGAUUCUUCCAGAUAAUGUCCUUGCUUUACAAACCAACCACUUAUAGAGAGUCUCCUUACUCAUUAAUUCAAUGAAAUGGAUUGGUAAGAUGUCUUGAAAACAUGUUAGUCAAGGACUGGUAAAAUACGUAUAAAGAUUAACACUCAUUUCCAAUCAUACAAAUACUAUCCAAAUAAAAAUAACAUCAUUGUAUUAACACAAAUAUUAGGUGACAACAA